AUGGAGGGGGGCGUUUUCUCGUGUUGCGAUUCGUCGAAACGCAGCAGUCGCCACGGCGAACGAUGCAAAUUGAUUUUCAAGAGAGUAGGCAGUGUGGCGAAGAGCGGAGAGUAGACGAUGGGUAACAGCCGAACUGAAGGAGACGAAACAGUGGACCUUCUGCGGAGACGACGCGCAGUCUCUUGUUUUGCCACACUCUUUCCGCAUUGCUAUCGUCGCCCUGAUCCUUUCUGAGACACUGCGGCCGCAUCGCGCUAGUUUCGUCCUUCUUUUUGCUCUCUUCCACUUCUGUCUCUCUCAGUCAGUCGGUGGUCAACGCUAUAGUUCACUCGAGCCGCUAUUUUUCUUCAGGAAUACGGCUUCUUUCUGCUUUACCAUGCAUUUUAUCGAUAUUGUUUUCGAAUUCGUUGCGCUUUGAAGUGCAUCAAUGUGCAAUGGAAGCUCUCUUUCUCUAUCCACGCUUCUUCUCUCACUAUCAUCUUCAUGUAGAACAUUUUAAAUCCUUGCUUGCGCAUAGAGAAUCCUAUCAUACCUUAACGUUGAGAGUGGAGGAAAAUUUUGCCGAAAAGAACUAAAAGUUUAAAUAGAACAGAAAAAUUCCAAAUAGCUUUUUAUUGAAUGAACCAAAUGUAUUGAAUUUAUUUUUGUCUAAUAUAUAUUCAUGUAGAAUUUCUCAUAGAAGUAUUUUUUUAUAAUAGUUUAUGUUUAAAAGAAAUUAUUAAAGUAAAGAGUAGAACAAAAGGAGUAAGCAAUCAGAAAAUGAAACCAAGACAAUGAAGAAAAAAUCUGAGUUAGGAGAAAACAAAUCUCGAAAAAAUUUCCGAAAGCAUUUAGAGAAUCACUUGAGGCCUGUUUUCCAUCUUCCUCUUUUUAUAUGAUCUCAAAUUUUCAUUUCACAAAAAUGAAAUCAAAAAUGCUGUAUUUCCUGAAAGAAAUUUGAUUUCAUAUAAAAAUAAAAAUAAAACAUGCGAGAGGGUAAAAAGUCAAAUAAAAUGAUAAGAACUUCUUAAUGGGCUAUUUAUCACACACCAGUAACUUGAAAUAUUAAUGAAAAAUAGUUACAAAAAAAUAAAAAAAGCAAGUAUUUGAGAAAAAAACAAACAAACAAAAAAAUAAAAAAAAUUUUUUUCUCCCGCGUUAUUUUUCGAUUUGAAAAAAAGUUCGAUAGCGCGUUCUUCCCCUAUACCUUUUUCUAAUUUUUGUUUUUUUCCAUUUUUUUGGAACUUUGAAAUUUUUUUGUUUCUUGCUCAAUGUUGUUCAAAUGAUUUUUGAACGAUGAACGUAAUAUUAUUGGAAGCGGGAAGGUUUUUAUCGAAAAUUUCUAGAUCUUCUGCUGUGUAUUUUUGUUGUUCAAAGCAAAAAUGGAAAGUAGUUUUUAAUAGUUAUUGCCGUGUUCAAAGUGACUCCGAAAAAUCCAAAAUAGCCGUCAGAGAAAGAAAAGUAGAACUAAAUUUUGGAGAUUUAGAGACCAUUUCCCGGAAAUUACUUUGAACACGGCUUAUAAUUUCUCAUGACAGUUUCUUUUUUAUUUUCUUUCUCACAAUAAAGUUCAAAAAAUGUCGUUAAGUUCAUGAUGUUUGUCGUUUUUUUUUCUAUAGCUUUCACAUUUGCACGCGACAGCGUUUCAUCAAAUUUCUAAGCACCUGCUCGCUUUGAUUUUUUGUAUGAUGCUUUCAUUAGAAUCAGCUGUUCUGUCCCGUUAUUCGAUGUCCCCAAAACACAAACAAUAGGUAAAAGGGCUCGAAAUUCUAAAAUUUUUUUAAUAAAUUCAAUUUAACAAUGAAUAAAGUUUCCGUAUCAAGAAUUUUCUUUCAUUUUGGUGCCCUCCUUGUGAAGAUUGGGCAAUAAUUAAUAGUAAUUUGAAAUCUUAUCGUUUUUAGGGUUUUUUUUUAUUAUUUUUUAAAUCACUUUUACGCUUUGUGGUUCAGAAAAUGGAGGAGGUUCCAUCAAAAGAAGAUAUUAUGAAAAGUGUGAACAUGGCGAUCAAAAAAGAAGGCAAUUACGACAAAGUGCGCAGGCAGGCGAUCAGAAACCUCAGUGAGCAGGAGCCCAUCAAAGCCUGGGAGGUAUCAUUGUACGUUCUAUUCUUCUUCAGAAAGGAUCCAGCGAAAAAUUUACAAAUGUAUGGAAAUAUUUUUUACAGAAGCAACUGGCCGAAAAUGUGUCGAUUCGAUUGAGAAACCUGCCAUCGAAAGCUACAAGAGAAGAUAUGAAACGAGAAGUCGACAGGAUUAUGAACUUCAAAGACAAGUAAACUUUAAAUUCGAUUUUUCGGAAAAAAAAAGAACUUUUUUUUAGUUUCAAGCAAGUGAUGAAUAGCUGUCGCUAUGAACUCGAAAAGGAAUGGGCUUGCGAGGACCUGGAACAUGUUAUUGAUUCCAAGGUUAAUUCUUCUUCGAAAUAUACAGAAGUUGGAGUUAAAGCUAUUUAUAGCCACUGAAAACAAAUUUCUGGAAGAAUAUUCAUUUAAAAAGGCAAAGUUUCCCUUCAAUUUUUUGUUUUUCAUUUUCGAAGUCAAUCACACGUAGUUCGUCAGACCCUCGCGGUCGUACUUGGAAUGGCUUGAAGCGUUGUGUUUGUUUUUUCGAUAGUUUUUCGAUGCUUUUCUGACCAAUUCAGUACAUUUGAAGCGCUUUAUUUCCGAAAUCACCCAAAACUUUUAAAGUUAUUGAUUGUUGUGUGAAUAAAAUCGUUUUUUUUUUCUCAGAUCCGAACGGCUUUGAAGCUUCCACCACUCGAGAAAAAUAAAAUCCCUCCAGAAGAACCAGAACCUGAGGAUCAACCUAUGGACAUCUGUGACGACUAGCCCGAAAUUCUGAUUCUCAUUGUUAACUGGUUUCUUUUUACGGGUUUUAUGAAUUAAACUUUUUUUCUGCUUAAUUCGCUUGAUUCAUACGGGAAAUAUUGGUUAAAAAAAGAAUCUAAUAUUAACAAAUGUUUCGACGUCUGAAAACUUUUUUUCUCAAGCUUUUUUUGGUAGCCUCGUAAGAUUCUGAAAAGCCAGAAGUCCGUUAACGCAAUUUUUGAAACUCAAACAAUAAUAAUUUUUUGAGUAAAUUGAGACUUCGAAGUUCAUUUCUAAAUAACGUGACCAUUAUGAUGUUCAAAAACGUGGUUCAUACUUGGUUUCGUAUUAAUUUGCCGCUUCGCCGACGCCGCUGAAGAUGAAGAAGAAACUCAGAAAUUGCUGCUUUCUUUCAACGACGACUUCGAGCAGACAAUCAUCGAGUAAAAUAUUUUCCAUUUAAAUCAAAAUAAAUAGUUCAAAAGGCCUCGCUGGGGUUUUUGAAGGUUUAUUUUUCAAAAAUAUUCGUGUCGAAAAUUUUUUGAGGUCAUGUAUGCUUUCUCUGCGUCUCUUAACCACUCUAAAAAAAGAAUUUUUUUAGUUUUAUAUAAGUUUUUUUGAUAAUCAGCGAGUGGACUCGGGCUGUACAGGAUGAACACGCCGACGUCAUUCGGGUGAAAAUCGGUAUUCUGGCAAUGUAUUUUCGCGUUUUCAAGCGGAUUGUUCCUUGGUCCGUUGAUGAAAAAGGGUUCGUUUCCGUUAAAGUUAGUGAUUUAACAUCGGGGAGGUCAAAUUUUGAUAGUAAUUUUUGAUGGCGAACCAUGUGUCGAGUUCGUUUUUUCGAAUCGCAACAAAGAUGGAAAUAAACACGACGUGGCUUUUUCUUUUCUUUUCAAGGGCUCUGUUGGAAUUUUCACUGAUUUCUAACUUGUCUAGCUCAAAAAAAUGAAUAUGGAGCAUGAUGAGCCGGUCAGGGGAGUAGUUUUUCAGAAGAACCUGAAAAUUUGAAGUCUCAAAAAAUCGGCUGAAAUAAUCUUAGAUUCUCUCAACCCGAAUAUUGAGAGCUUUUAAGAACCAACAAAAAAUCCAUACUUUUCGAGACAGUUUUUUUGCAGAGUAAUGAAAAACAGCGAGCUUCGAAGCUGCCGCCCUCAAAAAUUAGAAGUUUUGCAGUUUGAGAAUUCCAGAAUUUACAUUUUUCAUUCUUAUCACAUAUCUAACAUCAGAGAGGGUUUCAGUCUACUUUCAAAGGAUUUAAAAUUUUCGUCGAGGGUUUUUGUCAGGAUUAAAUUUCGAAGCUUUUCAAGCUUCAUGCAAACUCCUUAUCGAUUAUCUUGUCUCCAUUUUUUUUUCCAGAUUCGAGCAUAUUUUUCCUGAGCCCCUAGAAGACUUUGAUUUGGAGCUCGGGAAAUGCUUGGCAGGUCUGGAAAAGUGUCUGGACUCUGUCAUCGGCAUGAUCAACACCACGGAGCCCUGGAUUCUCCAUGACGAUGUGCUUCUUGAGUUAAAUUAGGAAGAAAAAUGGUUCUAUGAACAUUUAUUCCAGUGAAGCUUCGCUUUCUUUGAAGAUCAAUAGUAAUUUGAUGUCUUACAUGCUUUCCGCCACCCAGGUUCCAUUUUUAUUAGCGUGCCCAUUAGAAAGUAAUAGGAAUAUUUUUAAAACACAAGAAAAAUUUUUCACUUUCGGGCCAGAUGGAAAAGCUUUUUUCAAAAUAAGAUCUUCUGAGGCUCUCGAACAGGUCUUUCAUUCCACUUUUUGCAUCUUUUUCACAUCCAUUAAAAAAAAAGAUGCCGCAAGCAACUAAACUACAGUAUACACAGUAUUAAAAAAAAACGUUUUUCUUAUCAGUUCUGUAGCUUUUCGCAGUAGCUUUUUAACUCCUUCUAUGGACCCUCAAAGGUAAUUUUUUUACCUAUGCUAAUAAAAUUUAUCGUUUGGAGCAAGUUUGAGGCUCUAAUAAAGAACUUUUUCACGUUUUGAAAAAUUCUCUGUUUCUCCUCCUCCUUAUUAUUCAAAUAAUAGGUUCUGUGCUACAUGACGAACUCUCGGAUUUCUGCUUUUGAGCAGUUACCGUACUGUCGCUACCGUAUACCAGAGAAAGGUGGCCGGACUCACGUUAGUUUGGAAUAACCAUCUGCUCUACCGAUGUGUGGUUCAGAACUGGAUGGGAAAAUCGUUUUAUUCCUUGGUGGCCAUCGACGAAUUCAUCCACCGUCCCUACGAGUGCGCUACCGAAAGGUUCGAUCAAAAACAAGUUCUAGAGAAGAAAAGUCGAAAAAAACGGGAAUCAAAUUUUUUUGUUUUUCGAUGAAAACUUAAUGUUUGAAAAAAAAAAGGAAGUUUUUGAAGUUGGCGCAGACAUACCUAAGUCACACCUUAAGGUAAUCAGCUCAACUAGAGUUAUGAAAUGUGUCGUUUUUCUAUAUUUCCGCCAAGCUCCGAUACAGGAGUUUCUCUUGAAAAGUCUCAACUCUAAAUCAUCAAUUUAGCUGGAACUGAAGAACUCUUAUUGCGUGUAGAAUGGCUUCACACCUUGAUUUCUCCACUACAAUGACUGAAGCCUUGCUUAACUUUUUUUAACGUUUGAAGCCACAUAAACCUUGUUUGAACUUUGAAUUUUCAUAGAGUUCGAAGUUGGAGAAAAGAUGAUUUUUUUUUUCAGUUUCUGCCCGGAUCCGUGCUGUCGCGGCAUACCCGAUGUAGUUCAAAACUCAACAGGCUAUCAGAAUUUUUGUCGUUUGAACAAAUGCGCGAACAAGGAUUCCUGUAGUGUAAAGGUUAGAUUAUUCAGUUACAACAGGUUGUCAGUUUUUUUUAGAGCACACGAAUGUAUUAAAAUGGUCUAAAGCCAUAGAUUCUUUCUCAUUGUGAAAACGUCAUUCCUGACUAUUUAGCCUUCAAAAAAAGAAUUCUUUACGUUAUUUUCAUGUAGGUUUGUGGUCACACAACCAUUUAAUGAACUUAAUGAGAGUCCUUGAUUUCCAAGCUCUGUGAAAGUUGGAGUAUUGGCGAAAUUAAUGAAAGUUUAGUUUCAAAGAGCCUUUUUUCGGAGUAAAAUGUUUAGUCAUCACCGACUUCUGAACUGUUGAACAACAUAGGCGAAUCGAGAGAGGGUAUCGCGAGACCUUCUGAGGAAUAUCGCAGGCUCUGAAGUCUGACGAUGGUACCUCGAGUAUACCUCGGAGAAUUUUGAGCAAAGUGAGAGAAUCUUGAGAGAGAGACUCUGAAGUACCUCCGAGAUGGCUCAGAUAUAGCUAAAAGGUAUGCCUGAGGUCUCACGUUGGACACAUUAUGGCACCUUCUCGAUUUACCUGUGAACUCAGAAAGCUGCUUUGAACUGAUUUGAAAAAGAAAACCAUUUUUCAGCCUAUCGAGAACGACUUUCUGAUGAACUUGCGGCAAAACAAGUUCAAUAUCAGUUGCGGAUGUCCAGUGAGCAUUAAUCCCAAUUAUGUUGUUUCUAACUCAUAAUUUGGAGAACACGGCUCAAAUCUAUCGGAGCGACGUCAAUCAAUGCGUCCACCACGAUCCGUGUACCAAAAUGAACCUUUGUCGAAGUUUUCUUUGUAUCAAUAUGGAAAAAUCACUCUAUUCCAUUCUAGGAAACUUCCAAGAAUGUAUCAAUGUGGCUUCAGAUGAAGGGUACAGGUGUCUCUGCCAGUUGGGCUACAUCUUGGUGAGCUAAUUUUUCUGAUCUCAUUUUCAUAAUCAAAUAAGUGAGGUUUCUGAAAGAACCGCGAAAAACGGACCUAGUGAUUUUCCGGUUUUCUCUUUUUUCGCUAGUUACUUGAUUUCAAAAAGUUUCAUUGAAAAAUUUCCUAGUCUCAGGUCGGAACUGAAUGCCAGCCAGUCAAAUUCUCCAACGCGAACUACGACGGCUUCGCUGAAACCGAAAAAUUGCCGAAAACGUCAGAAAGGCUGUUUGGAUUUAGGUUCACAUUGUUUUUUAUCAUUCUAAAACUUUUUUGACCUCAUGGUUGUUACCAAUAGUAAAUAUAAUAUUCACUUAUUACGUGGAAUUGGUGAAAGUAACAAAAUAACAACGGAAACAGAUAUCCAUAGGAAUGGAUCACAACGAGGCAGUGUUUACAGUUUAAAAAAAAAGAAACGGAUUGAUGAAAGCUUUUGCACCAAAUGACGAUGAAAGGGUAAAGCAAAGAGUGGAAUGGAACUGAAAGUCAUUUGGAGAGAUAUAGAUCGUUAUAAUGACUUGGUGCGAGGAAUAAAACGAAACAGGAAAGAGCUGGUAUGAUCUUUCAAUCAAGUUAUUAACCGUUCAAGAAGAAACAAGCAAAAAUCUACUCCAAACUAUACGAAACAAAAACCCAAGCUCAAGAAGGUGAUACAACCCGCCGCAGUUUCGUUUCUUGAAAAAAAAAAGAAGAAAGUAAUUUUUUAAAGAAGAAAGCUAGCUGUGGUGUUUGAAAGCACCUAAAACAAAACUGGGAACGGUUAUCUGUCUCGAAUAUCGUCUUCUCUCUUUUGAACAGUUGAGAAAAGGUUUCUGGACGGAUAGAAAGAGACUGAAGAGAACAGAUUGUCGCUCCAAUGUGA